ACAUCAGGCGGGGCCGCGGGGAGAACACCGCCCGCCUCCUUGUGGCGGCAUCCCGCGCGAGCGGAUUGGCGGAGGCUUCGGCCCACGUGGCUUCGGCCGGCGCGAGGGGCGGCCGUGGUGGCUACGCGCCUCCUCUGUAUUGUCCAUUCAAACGCGGAUGGCGGGAAAGGCGGAAGAGGCGCUUUUGUGAGGCGGGGUUCGUGGCGAGGGGAAAGGGCGCUAAGGCUUCAGGGUCCUCCUUCAUGACAUGCUGAGUGAAAACAAAACAGCUUGCAUCCCGGAAUUUUGAAGAUGUUGAAGUUUAAGUUUGGGGUGCGUAAUCCUGCAGAGAUAGGCAUGAUGGAGUCCAUUGCCAGCCGUGCCUCUAGACUUAACCUGCUUUUUCAGGGGAAGCUACCCUCUGCGGCACAACAGCAGAUGUCUCCACUUUCCAGGGAAGGGAUUUUGGACUCCUUAAUGGUGCUUUUUGAAGAAUGCAGCAACCCUGUUUUAAUGAAAAUCAAGCAUGUGGCCAACUUCGUUAAAAAGUAUUCAGAUUCAAUAGAAGAAUUCCGGGAACUCCAGCCCAGCAUGAAGGACUUUGAAGUCAGGAGUCUGGUGGGAUGUGGUCACUUUGCAGAAGUGCAGGUAGUGAGAGAGAAGGCAACCGGCGAUGUCUAUGCCAUGAAGGUGAUGAGCAAGGAGACUUUGGUGGCCCGGGAUCACGUGUUAUUCUUUGAGGAAGAGAGGAAUAUACUCUCCCAGAAUACGAGCCCUUGGAUUCCACAGCUGCAUUAUGCUUUUCAGGACAAGAGGAAUCUUUAUUUGGUGAUGGAAUAUGAGCCUGGAGGGGAUCUACUGUCAUUCCUAAACAGAUAUGAGAAUCAACUUGAUGAAAGCGCUGUUCAGUUUUAUAUAGCGGAGAUAGUUUUGGCCAUUCACAGUGUCCAUCAAAUGGGCUAUGCCCACCGAGAUAUUAAGCCAGAGAAUAUCCUUAUUGACCGGAUGGGACACAUUAAGCUGGUGGACUUUGGGUCUGCUGCCAAACUGACAGUGGAUAAAAUGGUGAAUGCUAAGAUGCCAGUUGGCACACCAGAUUAUAUGGCCCCGGAGGUGCUCACAGUUUUGAAUAGUGAUGGCAAGGGGUUGUGUGGACCAGAAUGUGACUGGUGGUCUCUAGGGGUGGUUGCUUAUGAAAUGAUGUAUGGAAAAUCUCCGUUUACUGAAGGGACCUCAGCUAAAACCUUCAACAACAUCAUGAAUUUUCAGAGGUUCCUGAAGUUCCCUGAGGAUGUGAAAGUCAGCAAUGAAUUCCUUGAUCUGGUGCAGAGCUUACUAUGUGGGCAGAAAGAGAGACUAAAUUAUGAAAACCUCUGCUGUCAUCCAUUCUUUUCUACAGUUGACUGGAAUCGCAUUCGUAUCUCGCCUCCCCCCUUCGUGCCUACCGUCAAGUCUGAUGAUGACACCUCAAAUUUCGAUGAACCAGAGAAGAAUCCACGAAUUGUAUCCUCUCUGUGCCAGCUGAACGCUGCAGGUUUCUCAGGAGAAGAUUUGCCGUUUGUAGGGUUCUCCUUCAUCAAGGCGUUGGGGAUUCUCCGGUCAGAGUCUGCUUUGGGUUUGGAUUCUCCAGCCAAGAUCAACUCCAUGGAAAAGAAACUCCUCCUUAAGAGUAAAGAGCUGCAUGACACCCAAGAUAAGUGCCACAAGAUGGAGCAGGAAAUGACACGCUUGCACCGGAGAGUAUCGGAGGUGGAGGCUGUACUUAGCCAAAAAGAGGUGGAACUGAAAGCCUCCGAGACCCAGCGCUCCCUCCUUGAACAAGACCUGGCUACCUACAUCACAGAAUGCAGUAGCUUAAAGCGAAGUCUGGAGCAGGCUCGGAUGGAAGUGUCUCAGGAGGAUGACAAGGCACUGCAGCUUCUUCAUGACAUUAGAGAACAGAGCCGGAAGCUUCAGGAAAUCAAAGAACAGGAGUAUCAGGCCCAGGUAGAAGAGAUGAAGCUGAUGAUGAAUCAGUUAGAAGAGGAUCUUAUUUCAGCUCGCAGACGGAGCGAUCUUUAUGAAUCGGAGUUGAGAGAGUCCCGAUUGGCUGCUGAAGAGUUCAAACGUAAAGCCACAGAAUGUCACACCAGGCUGCAGAAGGUAGUUAAGGUUAAAGAUCAAGGGAAAACGGAUGUAGGAGACCUGUAUUCUAAACUGGAGAAGAUCAAUGCAGAACAGCAGGUCAAAAUCCAGGAGCUACAGGAGAAGCUGACAAAGGCAAUGAAAGCCAGCUCAGAGGCCACUGAACUCCUUCAGAACAUACGCCAAGCGAAAGAGAGGGCAGAGAAAGAGCUGGAGAAAUUGCAAAACCGGGAAGAUUCUAAUGAAGGCAUGAAAAAGAAAUUGCUUGAAGCAGAGGAAAGGCGCCAUUCUCUGGAGAACCAAGUGAAACGGUUAGAAACUGUGGAAAGGAGGGAGAACCGGCUGAAAGAAGAUAUCCAGACAAAAUCGCAACAGAUCCAGCAGAUGGCCGAUAAAAUUCUGGAACUAGAGGAGAAGCACCGGGAGGCACAGCUUGCAGCGCAGCACCUGGAGUUGCAUUUGAAACAGAAAGAGCAGAUGUAUGAAGAAAGGCUCAAAGUGCUUGACAUUCAGAUGAAAAAAGAUUUUGCGGAUAAAGAUGCGCUCGAGAACGUGUUGAGGAAGCAUGAGGAAGAAGCCCGUGAAAAAUGCAAAAUUCUUACAGAACAGAAAGCAAUGAUCAAUGCUAUGGAUUCAAAGAUUAGGUCUCUGGAACAGAGAAUAGUGGAACUGUCUGAAGCUAAUAAGCUUGCAGCAAAUAGCAGCCUGUUUACGCAGAGGAACAUGAAAGCCCAAGAAGAAAUGAUUUCUGAGCUCAGACAGCAGAAGUUUUAUCUGGAAACUCAAGCUGGGAAGUUGGAGGCCCAGAACAAUAAGCUGGAGGAACAGUUGGAGAAAAUCAGUCGUCAGGACCACAAUGACAAGGCUCGCUUGCUGGAGCUGGAGACUAGGUUGCGAGAGGUUAGCCUUGAACAUGAAGAACAAAAAUUGGAGUUGAAACGGCAGCUUACAGAAUUGCAGCUCACCCUCCAGGAGAGGGAAUCUCAGAUUUCGGGGUUGCAGGCUGCCCGUGCAGCUCUGGAAAGUCAGCUCCGGGAGGCUAAAACUGAGCUAGAGGAGACCACAGCUGAGGCAGAAGAGGAGAUUCAAGCUCUGACGGCGCAUAGAGAUGAAAUCCAGCGUAAAUUUGAAGCCCUUCGUAAUAGCUGCACAGUGAUAACAGACUUAGAAGAGCAGUUGAACCAGUUGAGUGAGGACAACGCUGACCUGAACAACCAGAAUUUCUUCCUGUCCAAGCAACUAGAUGAGGCUUCAGGAGCAAAUGACGAGGUGGUCCAGCUGCGAAGUGAGGUGGACCAUCUUCGCCGCGAGAUCACAGAGCGAGAGAUGCAGCUGACUAGUCAGAAGCAAACAAUGGAGGCCUUAAAGACAACCUGCACGAUGCUGGAAGAGCAAGUGAUGGACCUGGAGGCUCUGAAUGAUGAACUCCUAGAGAAGGAGCGCCAGUGGGAGGCGUGGCGAAGUGUUCUGGGGGAUGAGAAGACCCAGUUUGAAUGUCGGGUGCGAGAGCUGCAGAGAAUGCUGGAUACGGAGAAACAAAGCAGGGUACGAGCAGAUCAGCGCAUCACUGAAUCCCGCCAGGUGGUAGAGCUUGCUGUUAAAGAACACAAAGCAGAGAUCUUGGCUCUCCAGCAAGCAUUAAAGGAACAAAAACUCAAGGCGGAGAGCCUUUCUGACAAGCUCAGUGAUUUGGAGAAGAAGCAUGCCAUGCUGGAGAUGAAUGCACGUAGUUUGCAACAGAAGCUUGAGACAGAACGUGAACUCAAGCAGAGGCUCCUGGAAGAGCAAGCAAAGCUGCAGCAGCAGAUGGAUCUGCAGAAAAAUCAUAUAUUUCGCCUGACUCAAGGCCUGCAAGAGGCUUUGGAUAGGGCGGAUCUUUUGAAGACUGAGAGAAGUGACCUGGAGUACCAGCUAGAAAAUAUCCAGGUUCUCUAUUCCCAUGAAAAGGUGAAAAUGGAGGGCACUAUUUCACAACAGACCAAGCUCAUUGACUUUCUGCAAGCAAAGAUGGACCAGCCAGCCAAAAAGAAAAAGGGCCUGUUUAGUCGACGGAAAGAGGACCCUUCUUUACCCACACAGGUUCCUCUGCAAUACAAUGAGCUGAAGGUGGCACUGGAGAAGGAGAAGGCCCGUUCGGCUGAACUGGAGGAGGCCCUUCAGAAAACGCGCAUUGAGCUCAGAUCUGCUCGAGAGGAAGCUGCCCAUAGGAAAAUUACAGACCACCCUCACCCAUCCACACCGGCCACGGCCAGGCAGCAGAUCAUCAUGUCUGCCAUAGUCCGGUCACCUGAACACCAGCCCACGCCCAUCAGCCUGCUUGCUCCUCCCUCAAGCCGCAGAAAGGAGUCUUCCACACCAGAGGAGUUUAAUCGGCGACUGAAAGAGCGGAUGCAUCACAAUAUUCCUCACCGGUUCAAUGUGGGACUGAAUAUGAGAGCAACAAAAUGUGCGGUUUGCUUGGAUACCGUGCACUUUGGACGUCAGGCCUCUAAAUGUCUUGAAUGCCAGAUGAUGUGCCAUCCAAAGUGCUCAACCUGCUUGCCAGCUACCUGUGGCUUGCCUGCCGAAUAUGCCACACAUUUCUCUGAAGCCUUCUGCCGGGACAAACUGAACUCUCCGGGUUUGCAGCUGAAAGAACCAAGCAGCGGUUUACGGCUGGAAGGAUGGAUGAAGGUGCCAAGAAAUAAUAAGCGUGGGCAGCAGGGCUGGGACAGAAAGUAUAUAGUUCUGGAAGGAACUAAAGUGCUUGUUUAUGACACAGAAGCAAGAGAAGCAGGACAAAGGCCUUUGGAGGAGUUUGAGCUGUGUCUUCCGGAUGGAGAUGUUACUGUCCAUGGAGCUGUUGGAGCGACUGAGCUUUUAAAUACCGUGAAGACAGAUGUGCCAUAUAUAUUGAAGCUGGAGUCUCACCCUCAUACCACAUGUUGGCCUGGCCGGACACUCUACUUACUAGCACCCACCUUUCCUGAUAAGCAACGCUGGGUCAGUGCCCUGGAGUCCAUAGUUGCUGGAGGAAGAGUUUCCAGGGAAAAAGCUGAGGCUGAUGCUAAGCUACUUGGGAAUUCUCUUCUGAAGCUAGAGGGGGAAGACCGUUUGGAUAUCAACUGCACGCUGCCCUUCAGCGACCAGGUCGUACUGGUGGGUGCUGAGGAAGGUCUUUAUGCCCUGAAUGUACUGAAGAACUCCUUAUCGCAUGUCCCGGGUAUUGGUGCAGUCUUCCAAGUGCACCUCAUCAAGGACCUGGAGAAACUGCUGAUGAUAGCAGGGGACGAGAGGGCUCUGUGUCUCGUUGACGUGAAGAAAGUUAAGCAGUCUCUAGCCCAGUCCCACCUGCCAGCCCAGCCUGAUGUCUCGCCAAAUAUUUUUGAGGCCGUGAAAGGAUGUCAUCUUUUUGCCGCUGGCAAGGUUGAGAACGGGCUGUGUAUCUGUGCAGCCAUGCCCAAUAAGGUGGUGAUCCUGCGCUACAAUGAGAGCCUUGGCAAGUUCUGCAUCAGGAAGGAGAUUGAAACCUCAGAGCCCUGCAGCUGCAUCCAUUUCACCAAUUACAGCAUCAUCAUUGGAACAAACAAGUUUUAUGAAAUUGAGAUGAAGCAGUAUACCCUUGAAGAAUUCCUGGACAAGAAUGACCAUACCUUAGCUUCUGCUGUGUUUGCCUCAUCCACCAACAGCUUUCCAGUCAAUAUCAUCCAAGUGAACCCCGCAGGGCAGAGGGAGGAGUACCUGCUUUGCUUUCAUGAGUUUGGCGUCUUUGUAGACUCCUACGGAAGGCGCAGCCGCUCAGAUGACCUGAAAUGGAGUCGUCUGCCAUUAGCAUUUGCCUACAGGGAGCCUUACCUGUUUGUGACACACUUCAACUCCCUCGAAGUGAUUGAGAUUCAAGCACGUGCUUCCCUCGGCACUCCAGCCCGAGCCCACUUGGAUAUUCCGAGCCCUCGCUAUCUGGGCCCAGCAAUUUCAUCAGGAGCCAUUUACUUAGCCUCUUCCUACCAGGACAAGCUAAGAGUAAUUUGCUGCAAGGGGAAUUUGGUGAAGGAAUCGAACAAUGAACUCCACCGGGCAUCCUCUACGACGCGCAGCUGUCCGCGUCCAUUGUUUUUGAAUGACAGCAGCCCAAAUAAGAGAGGCCCCCCAACCUAUAACGAGCACAUCACCAAGCGGGUAGCCUCAAGCCCUGGGCCUCCGGAAGGUCCGAGCCACCCUCGAGAGCCAAGCACACCCCAUCGCUAUCGAGAGGGAAGAACAGAGCUGCGUCGGGACAAGUCUCCUGGGCGUCCACUAGAGAGAGAGAAGUCUCCUGGCCGGGUCCUGAGCACCCGCAGGGAAAGGUCUCCUGGGAGGCUGUUUGAGGAGAGCAGCAGGGGACGGAUGCAAGGGGGAGCCACAAGAACUCCCCUCUCCCAAGUCAACAAGGUCUGGGACCAAUCUUCUGUAUAAGCUACACAAGCCUCCCUUUGACCUUGAACUGCAGGAAGAACCAAGGAAAUGUGCUGAUCAGAUGCCUUGCUAACUCAGCUGCCCAAUCACCCAACCAGACAGCACUGGACCCAGAAAUACUGGUCUGGCAACAGGAUCCAACCCACCAGGACUCAAGUUGCCUACUCGGAUUCUUCACAUCUCAGUUUCUUUUCCUACAGCUUCCUGCAGUUGGGUUUUCUCUCCCCUCUCUUCUCCUCCUUCCCCCCCCCUUUUUGGGCACUUUGUUACUCCUGUUGCUCUUUCAAGCAGUUCAUGAACUUUUUAUACUUCGCUUUUAGCCUUUUACCAGCACCCCUCACCUCACCUCCCAUUGGUGAAGUCAGAUGGGAUGGGGGUCUCACCUGAGUCUUGAAAGGUGGGCUGUCAGCACGUGGGGGAGAUGCUGGAAUGCUGGGAAGGCCUUGUUCAGCGGCAAAGGCCACAGCAAUUUGACAUCUCAGCCCCCAGCAUCAUUAGCUUUCUGCUGUAGCGCUUUAGCAAAAUCUCUGACCAAUUUAGUUCCAUCUGCUCCUUCCAAAACCUUUUGGAAUUUGGUGUUCCCAAAGAAAAAUACCUGUUAAGUGCAGCUCUGCGGUCAGCCAGGUUACAGGGAAGGGAAUGUCCUGUUUUAGCUGUCCCCUGAUCACACAAAGUGGCCACAAUCCACUCCUCUCUCUCCCUCUGCAUUAAAGCUGUACUGAGGUGUAACCCCCCCUUGCUUACCCAGGUUUUCUGCAUGGUAGUUCCCUGCAUGCUUACUGCACCACCAUCGAUCCUGGCUGCGGUCUCCUUUUCAGUUGCUUUUGCUAGAUAUUGUAUCUUGUACUUCCCAUGUUAACUAAACUGAAGCCUUUAUAGAUUAUGCUGCAACAAUAACCAUCAUUUGUUUACUGGGGAAACCGGCACUGAAAGGAGAACGAGCUUUAACGGUUCUUGAUUCCACGACGACGGAACUUAAUGAGGCGUGAUGACAUUCCCAUCCCCAGCCAGCACAAGACAGGAUCCUGUUCACAAAUGUUGUCAUCAUAGACCAGACAAAGGCUAAGCUAAGGAAAGACCCUCCUCCCCACGGUGGUGUGACUGGUGCUCAGAUGCUAUCAAAAAGGAGAGAGCAGGGAGAACCUGCCUAUACCGGAAACAAAAAAUAACUGUCGGUGCGGUUUUGUAUCUUUUUCUUUUUGGUAGAUUGAGAAUGAGGAAUCUCUGGCCCUCCAGCUGCUGUUGGGCGACCUCACUGGCAACCCCUGGCCACUGGCUGGGGUUUGAUGGGAGAUGCAGCCCAGCAGCACCUAGAGGAGACUCCAUCCCGGGCAUAGUAAGGAACCACCCCUACUGGCAGUGAGGGUAAGGGGAAAUUAAACAGCUUUGGCAAAUUUCUUCCAGAUGUUCUCAUCACUUUUUGCCUCCCAGCUGCAAUCCCUUCUGUAGCUUCUCAUGUUUGGGUGUUGAGCACUGAGGCAAAGGAUUCCCAAGUUUAGGCUUUUUGGCCGUCCAGUUUGCUUUGGCUGCAUUUCUCUCCAAGCUGGCAAGAGCAAACCCCACCUCGUCUCUCCUGCUUGUUCCUUUUGCUGGCCGGUGCUGCCUGACUGGAAAGGCACCCAAAUAUCUUCUGCUUCAUCAGUGCCCUUCCGGAGGGUUUUGUGGAUUUACAGGGUCAGGUCUGUUGCAUAUCCAGGCUAUUUUAUAAUCAGAUGGUUUGUCGGGAAACAUGCCGAGACUUCUGCCUCUGGCUCUGGGUGUUACUGAAAGGUUUUUAAGGUCUUUGCAUCUCAUGGAAAAGUCCCUCAUGACCUGAAAACUCGGCUUGUCGAGUCCUGAGAGUGUAUAUCUUGUGUCUUGUUUGUGAAAUGCUUCCUGCUAUAGAAUAGCUCAAAGGACUGUACAUAUUUACAAGAAACUUUAUAUUCGUAAAAAAACAAACAAAAAAAGGAAAUCAAAUCAGUUUCUACUUUUUUAUUGUAAAGUGUGCAUUCCUCCCCAACCACUUGCCCUUUGUUUUAACGGUGGUUGUGGAAAGGUGUCUUCAGCCAUUGAAGGGGCCUCUCCCCCGCCCUGGAUCCCAUGAAGAAAUAAUGGUAACAUUAAAUUUGCAAGCAGAGAAGCUUGUCGGCAUAAAUGAGGUUCUUAGGCAUAACUACAGAACAGAAUCUGUUGUCACUUCCUUUUUGUGAUUGCAGAAAAGGUAAGAAAGCAACAGGACUGACACACUCCACCUGGAAAAGUAUUGAACUUGUUGACAAUAAAUAAAAGCAAAAUUCAUUCUGAUUGGCAUUGCAGUGACCUUUUCCUUCCUACAGCAGCAGCAACAUCUAAGGCAGGGGCAAUGCACAUUGUCCUCACCAUCUCCCAGAGCCUUUAUAAGUCACCACUGCCUUUUUUUUAAAAAAAAAAAAAGCAAAACUUCUGUUUAUUAUACACUAACUUUCACUUAUUGUAAUGUGUGCCAUCUUGGAGGCCUGUUGUCACGAAACAAUAUAAAAAGGGCCAGCUGUUACAAGAGCCAAAUUUCAGCAGUCAUUACCUGAAGCCAUGUGACUGAGCUUUGCCUCCCAGCCUCUCCGUUGCUGCAGGGCAAAGCUGCCUGCCCUUCUAAAUCACGGCAGCAAUAACUGAAUUUUUGCCUCUCCAUCGUCAGCCCUGCACUGCAUUAGCCUUGCCCCCAUUAUGAAGCUAAUCUGUCCACUUUAAAUGUUGAACAAGUCAGCAGCCUUGGCAGUCAGACAGGAGCAAAUGGCUUCAGGGGGCACUGUCUUGUUAGGAUAACGAAAGGAACAGUUCAAUUACCUUGCCUUCUUCCUAGCUGCAACAUCCCCUAAAGCUUCAAGUUUUUAAAAACUUAAUGCCAGUGUUAAUCCAGGCUGUACAUCUCAAAACAAGUAACACUUGGCAAGAGAAUGCAAGUUCAGACUACAAUGUAAAUACUUCUAUUUUUAAACUAAGCCAGUUUAUACAGGGUCUGAUGUAUUCUUCUACAGGGAUAGUGUGUGUCUAUUACAAACUAUCAGCUUACAGGAGCUGACGUGUGGUUCCUGAUGAGUUGUACACCUAACCUUUUCCCAGCCUGCUGUGGGCAGGUUACCAGUAAGCAACAUAACCACCACCACCCCAACCCCACCACCUUUGGUCUGCAUAUUGCUCAUAGUAAUGCUCUGCAUUUAAGAAAAACAACACCACCAAACUGCUUUGACUUCUGUUGUGCCUAAUCUUGAAUGUAUAAAUGAACUGCAAGCUUGUUUACAAAUGUUCCUUUAUUUUUCUUCAAUGUGCACAUAAAUAUACUUAUUUAA